AUGGCCCGGGAGUUAACUGAAUAUGAGCUGAUUGAAUACCCGGGUAUGGUUAAGAAUACCGAUAAAAUAAUAACCACACUGGGUGGUCUGACAAAAGUCUCACAGGCCCUGGGUGGUGAGAGUAAACGUUUGGAGUUACGUUUUCAUCCCGAUAAUCCCUUCAAUAAACCCCUAAGUGGCGAUGUGGGUAAACGUGCCGGCCUUCUACUGUCCAUUAAGGUACGGCGCUCAAAGCGUAAUCCGAAUAAGCCACCACAAUUUGUUAUAAAAAUUCUGGGCUAUACAACAAAAAGUUUUACAUUUGAAUCCUUGUGUGAUUUCCAGUAUUUACCAUUUGCCCCGGAUCCCAAGGAAUCAACGGGAGAGUUGAAAAUGGUAUUGGAUUCAAUUGUGCCACGUUCGGUUAUCGAUUUGGAUUAUUAUAAUCGCCAAGAUGUCCCCGUCAUAUCCCUGCCCACAAUAUUUGCCCGCAUGGACACAGUACACACCGCCAUGUUCCGCGGUGACUUUUCCAAAGAGGAUGGCAUGCAUGAAACAUUGGGGGUUCUUACAAAAUCCAGCUAUGAGGGUAGAGAUAUUGUGGCCUUCAAUAUGGUUGAUAGUUUCCCCACCCGGCCAGAUCCACAAAUUGUCAAAAAGAUGAAAGUGAAAUACGUUUCCGAUGAGCAACUGGAGAGAGUUAAAAAGUUAUUUGAAGAAUGUCCAAUAUGGACGCGGAUAGCUCUGCUCUAUGAAUCCGGUGUUACCCCAGAUAAAUUGAAAUGUAUUAUACCCUCUUUGGCGUAUUAUUUUUCAACGGGUCCAUGGCGUACCCUAUAUGUACGCUAUGGCUAUGAUCCACGUAAAUAUUUCAAUUCCCGGUAUUAUCAAACAUUCGAUUUCCGGCUGAGAUUUCGUUCGGGUGUAUCGGAAUUUGUCACCGAUCGCAAGACGACAAUUAAAAAACGUCUUGAAAAUUAUGAAAUGAAUACCCUGGUCCAGGACAUUAAUUAUCCCUAUUUUGAUGAGCAUAAAUUGCCAAGGUCAAGGCAAUGUAUUAUGAGGUACUGUGACAUUCGCAUGCCCAAGAUCCAGGAAAUGUUGGAAAAAAUUCCCUCACCCAUGGCCGGGGCAAUGUGUAACGAACGUUCCGGCUGGCUGCCCCAAGGCUUUGACAAUCAGGUACGACAAAUUGUUAGCAAUGCCAUAAAGGAACUCCUAAAGAAUCAUUAUCGCAAGGAACAAAUAUUGGCCGAGGUGGAUUCAUAUGAAAAUGAGGAUCAAGAUGAUGCCGAAGAUGAGGAAUAUGAUGAGACAGAGGAAAACUAUAUAAACGAUGAAAAUUUGGAGGAGAUCUUGGACAAUAUACAAAUGGAACAGGAUGAAAAUCCGAAAACAACAUGA